GUGAUGUUUAUGAUUAUUCUAAAAGUUCAGAUAAGGAUAAGAAUGAAGAUAAUGAAGAUUAUGAAAUUAAAAUUUUAUUAUCACGCAAUAUGAAAAAAGAUAAUUUUAAGGUUAAAGUUUUAAAUGGAAUGAAAAAUAUGCUUAAAGUCUGCCAAUAG